AUGAAGUCCAGAAACAGAGCCACUGCCCACAGAGCCGACCGCAAGGCGGCCUGGCCAGCCACCACAGUGAUGGCCCCUCACACCCUGCUCCGCUGCCUGAAGCCCUGGCGUCGUGGCUGUGGUCACCAGGUCCUCUCCUGCAAGGGAGUGGCAAACGCAUCAAUCGCUUCAACAAGUCCCGGGUCUCGGCGCCAAAAGGCCACACCCACCACCCAUCUCUUCCGAGGUUUUCUCUCGCGUCUGAAGACUCCGCGCUCCAUUUUCACGAGCGAGGACUUCACUGUCCCGCCAUUUCACUCGUGCUCCCGUGACGCUUCCCACAACCACGCACCCGCGCGGUCGCACCUGGACCCGGCGGCGCCCCAGCCCCGAGCCCCAGGCCACUGGGCGCCUGGAAUCUCCGCCUGCGCCGCAGCCGAGACCCUCGCGCAGACCAGAGCCGAGGCCCCGGGGGUGGGAACCGGCGCAGAGCGCGCAGAGGGUGCCCCUGAGUCCUCUCUACUCGCGAGAAUCGAUAAACGCGGGGCGGGGGCACUGAGGGCCAUCAGAAGAGCGGGAAGGGCUCGGGCGACCCUGUCACCAGGGCCCAGAGCCUUCCGCACCGGUGAGCCUCUGCCUCUCGGCCCUCGGCCCCCAGGGCUCCUGCGGACGCUCGGUGCUGCUCCCGCUUACCCCGCCCGGCCCGGCCCUACCUCCACUAGCAGCCCGAGCAGCAGUGCCGCCACUCUCCAGGCCAGGCGGUCCAUGGCUGCACGUCCUCCUGGUCGCAGGCGCGGGUCAGCAGCACGUCCCCUGCAAGGCGGCCAGCGGGCUGGCGGGCGGGAUCCCAGCCUGGGGACCCAGAGGCACGAGCGGGCGAGCGGGGACCCGAGAUAA